AUGGAGUUUGCCAGGUAUCUUCAAAACGUCAACAAUCGAUAUGCAGUGAGACUUACAUGGAAGCACGAGGUCAAUCUGGAGGAUAAUUAUUACUUGGCGCACAAACGCCUAUUGCAUCUAACAAAGAGGCUACAGAAGGACACAACCCUAUUGGAAAGGUAUGAUAAAGCCAUCAGGGAAUAUUCGUCGUCGGGUGUAGCAGAGAAAGUCAAGGCAGGUCAAAGUAACGGUGAAUUCGUAUACUACAUGCCACACCAGGCGGCCAUUAGGGAAGACAGAACAACCACCAAGAUCAGGAUCGUCUUCGACGCUUCAUCAGCAGAGACACACGGGACAUCGGUAAACAACUGUUUGGAUGCAGGGCCGAACCUUAACCCUGAUUUGGUCUCGGUUCUUCUCAACUUCACAACGCACAAAGUAGCACUUGUUGCAGACGAGAAACAGGCGUUCCUGGAGAUUCUCAUACAAGAAGAAGACAGAGAUGCACUUCGUAUGCUGUGGUGGGAGCACAUACCAUAUACUACGGAAAAUAAUAAAUUGGAGACAUGGAGGAUGACAAGGGUAACCUUUGGAAUUGCCUCGAGCACGUUUCUACUAGCAGCGACGAUAAAAGCACACUUGCAGUCCGUGAAGGACAAGUACCCGGACACUGUGCGGAUGUUGGAAAAAUCUGUUUACGUCGACGACGUGAUCAUCGGAGGAAGCAGUGAUGAGGAUGCAAGAAAGGUUUAUUUAGAAGCAGGAGAGAUAUUUAGCACAGCUGACAUGGAAUUAAGGAAAUGGACGUCAAGCUCGAAGGAUUUGCACUAUUUGCACUAUUUGAAGGAACUAUUUGCAAGUUACUUCGAGGAAGAAGGACCUGACAGACAAGUACGCGAAAUAGGGCAAAUCAAUGUAGUACUUGGACUUAACUGGAAUUUCGAAAAAGAUGAGAUCGAUAUCUCUGCAGAGAAUAGCGUGAAAGACAUGAACGAAGAUUCACUAUGUACCAAACGUAUGGUGCUACAACGUGUCGCAAGGAUAUAUGAUCCAUUGGGGAUGUUAGCACCCGUAAUUGUUGCAGCAAAGAUGUUACUGCAGAGUCUGUGGAAAACGAAGAUCUCAUGGGACGAUCACCUGCAGAAGGAUCAACAAGAGCGAUGGCUUGAAUGGUGUACAGACGUAGAAGAGCUGCAAAAGAUCACGAUGUCUAGAUGCUAUGACGUACAUGGUUGUACAUGA